AGAAUCUUUUGACUUGUGAAACUCCAAAUGCUGUACAGCUGGCAUUUUAAAGAGAAUGGGCCAGGAACAAAUUAUUGGCAUCUCUGUUCAACUCAUAUUAUGUUAUUUCUUUUUUUUUAAUGUUCUUCACUUCAAGUCCAAGUUAGAUUAGUUUUCUUUAUUCCAAAGAGUGAGAAAUUGUUUGGUCCUUCUGUAUUUCUAUUUUCCAUAACCAAUCUUGUGUUUCCAUUAAAAUUCCCUGCUCCCUUUUAAAGUCCGCUGCAAUUCUCUUUUCCAUAACCAGUCUCGUGUUUCUUUUAAGAUAUCCUGAUCAUAUUUAAAGCCCUUCGGCACUACUCUUUUCCAUUAACAAUCUUGUGUUUCCGUUAAAAUUUCCUUUCUCAUCUCCAUAACCAAUCUUGCGAUUUCAGUUGUUACCAAGACCCAGAUUUUCCAAAGCAAAACAGGCCAUGGCUGAUGCAAUUGUUUCUGCUCUUGUGAGUCCAAUCCUGGAGAACUUGAGCUUGCAGGCUCUCAAAGAGGCUGGGCUUGCUUGGGGCCUUGACACCGAGCUUGAGAAUCUCGAAAGUACCUUCGCAAUUGUUCAAGCUGUGCUCCAGGAUGCAGAGGAGAAGCAAUGGAAGAACAAGGCUUUAGAGAUUUGGUUAAGACGCCUCAAGGAUGCAGCUUAUGAUGUUGAUGAUGUGCUGGAUGACUUUGCAAUUGCAGCUCAAAGGCAUCGGCUGCAAAAUGAUCUAAAAAAUCGACUACGAUCCUUCUUUUCUCUUGAUCAUAAUCCACUUGUUUUUCGAUUGAAAAUGGCGCAUAAGUUGAAAAAUGUGAGAGAGAAACUGGAUAUCAUUGCCAAUGAGAACAAAAAGUUCAAGCUAACACGAGUUGGGGACGCAGCAGUAGAUACCUACGAUGGGCGGCAUACAAGCAACAUCCUGAAUGAAUCAAGCUCAGUCGUGAAUGAAUCAGAAAUUUACGGAAGAGGCAAGGAGAAAGAGGAACUAAUCAACAUCCUGCUCGCUGGUGCAGACGAUCUCCCUAUUUAUGCUAUAUGGGGAAUGGGGGGGCUCGGGAAAACAACACUUGCUCAAAUGGCCUACAAUGAAGAAAGGGUUAAGCAACAAUUCGGUUUGAGGAUUUGGGUGUGUGUCUCUACUGAUUUCGAUGUAAGAAGAAUAAUAAAAGCCAUCAUAGAUUCCAUUGAUGGUGCCUCAUGUGAUCUUCAAAAAUUGGAUGACUUGCAACAACGCCUUCAACAAAAGUUAACUGGAAAGAAGUUUUUGCUUGUACUAGAUGAUGUGUGGGAUGAUUAUGAUGAUAGGUGGACUAAAUUGAAAGAGGUAUUAAGGUCCGGAGCUAAAGGUAGUGCUGUAAUAGUAACUACGCGUAAUGAGAUGGUUACUCGUAGAAUGGCAGCAACUUUUGUCCAGCCCAUGGGGAGAUUGUCUGAAGAAGAUUCUUGGCAUUUGUUUCAACGGCUUGCAUUUGGGAUGAGAAGGACAGAGGAGCGGGCGCAACUGGAAGCCAUUGGAGAAUCAAUAGUGAAGAAGUGUGGUGGUGUUCCUUUAGCUCUAAAGGCACUCGGGAACCUAAUGCGGCUAAAAGAUAAUGAAGAUCAGUGGAUAGCUGUCAAAGAAAGUGAGAUUUGGGAUCUAAGAGAAGAAGCAAGCAAGAUUUUACCUGCUUUGAGGUUGAGUUACACUAAUCUAUCACCACAUUUGAAGCAAUGCUUUGCGUAUUGCGCUAUAUUUCCAAAAGAUCAAGUGAUGAGGAGGGAGGAGCUGGUUGCUUUGUGGAUGGCAAAUGGUUUUAUUUCUUGCAGAAGAGAAAUGGAUUUGCACGUUAUGGGCAUUGAGAUAUUCAAUGAACUAGUGGGAAGGUCAUUUCUGCAAGAGGUCGAGGAUGAUGGAUUUGGCAACAUAACAUGUAAAAUGCAUGAUCUUAUGCAUGAUCUUGCACAAUCCAUUGCAGCACAAGAAUGCUAUAUGAGUACAAAAGGCGAUGGGGAGUUGGAAAUUCCUAAAACUGCCCGUCAUGUAGCUUUUUAUAACAAAUCAGUAGCUUCGUCUUCUGAAGUUCUCAAGGUCCUAUCACUUCGCUCACUUCUUGUGAGGAAUGAACUGUAUGGGUAUGGAGGGGGAAAGAUUACUGGUCGAAAACAUCGAGCCUUGAGUUUAAGAAAUAUCUGGGCCGAGAAAUUGCCGAAGUCAAUUUGUGAUUUGAAACAUCUAAGGUAUCUAGAUGUGUCGGGCUCCUGGAUCAAAACACUGCCUGAAAGUACAACCUCACUCCAAAACCUCCAGACACUAGAUCUGAGACGUUGCAGAGAACUCAUCCAAUUACCAAAAGGCAUGAAGCACAUGAAAAGUCUUGUCUAUCUUGACAUAACGGGUUGUUCUUCACUUCGAUUUAUGCCAGCUGGAAUGGGGCAAUUGAUAUGCCUGCGAAAACUUACCCUGUUCAUUGUGGGUGGGGAGAAUGGUCGUCGCAUAAGUGAGCUGGAAGGGCUGAAUAAUCUUGCUGGUGAAUUGAGUAUCGCAGAUCUUGUGAAUGUUAGGAAUUUAAAAGAUGCCACAAGUGCCCAUUUGAAGUUGAAGACAGCUCUUUCAUCACUGACUUUAUCUUGGCAUGGUAAUGGAUAUUACCUUUUUGUCUCUUGGUCAUUUGCGCCACCGCAAGAAAGAAAGAGGGUUAUUCAGGUAAAUAACGAGGAGGUCCUUGAAGGGCUUCACCCUCAUUCAAAUCUGAAGAAGUUGAGGAUAUGUGGAUAUGGAGGUUCAAGAUUUCCUAAUUGGAUGAUGAAAUUGGACGAGACGCUACCAAAUCUGGUAGAGAUGGAGCUAUCAGCAUGUGACCACUGUGAACAACUUCCACCAUUGGGGAAACUACAGUUGCUCAAGAGUCUUGUAUUACGGGGAAUGGAUGGUGUGAAGAGUAUUGACAGCAAUGUGUAUGGAGAUGGGCAGAAUCCAUUCCCAUCUUUGGAGACGCUGACUUUGGAUUCAAUGGAGGGAUUAGAGCAAUGGGCUGCGUGUACAUUUCCUCGCCUUCGAGAAUUGAGGAUAGUCGAUUGCCCUGUGUUGAACGAAAUACCAAUUAUACCCUCCCUUAAAAGAUUAGACAUCCUGAGAGGUAAUGCUUCGUCGCUGAUGUCAGUUAGGAAUCUCACUUCUCUCACUUCUCUUUGGAUUAGCGAUAUUCCAAAUGUGAGGGAGCUUCCCGAUGGGUUUUUGCAAAAUCAUACCCUCCUUGAAAGCUUAGACAUUUGGGAGAUGCGAAAUCUGGAGUCUUUGUCAAAUAGGGUAUUAGAUAACCUUUCUGCUCUUAAAAGCUUGAGUAUUUGGCGUUGCGGGAAACUUGAAAGCUUGCCAGUGGAAGGUCUUCGUAACCUCAAUUCCUUGGAGGUCUUACAAAUAAUUGGUUGUGGAAGAUUAAAUUGUCUGCCAAUGGAUGGGCUGUGUGGCUUAUCUUCUCUUCGCACCUUAUCUGUUACGGAUUGUGAUAAAUUCACAUCUCUAUCAGAGGGAGUGCGGCAUCUGACGGCACUUGAGGAUUUGCGGCUUCGUGGAUGUCCAGAGCUGAAUUCAUUGCCAGGGAGUAUCCAACAUCUCACUUCUCUCCAAUCUCUAUCCAUUUGGAAGUGUCCAAAUUUGGAGAAAAGGUGUGAGAAAGAUUUAGGAGAGGACUGGCCUAAGAUAGCUCAUAUUCCUGACAUUAGAAUCGAUUAAGGUUGGUAUGCAACUUAAAUUUGUAAUGAGAAUAAAAUAUAUAUUUUAGUAGUUUU